AUGGAAAGGAAAUAUGUCAUCGAGAUGUCAAACCAGAGAACAUGCUUAUUGACGCAAGUGGAAACCUCUCGCUAUCGGAUUUCGUCUUUUCAACCUUAUUUAUACAGAAGGAGAAAGAAGAAGACUUCGGUCGUUUGUAAAAGGUUUAGAGUAUAUGGCCCGAAGUUUUUGAGAGAGCUUGCAGAUAUGUGGUCCUGCGGAAUAAGUCUUAUUGUGUUUCUAACCGGCUCAUAUCCAUGGGGCAAAGCAUCUGGUCGGACAAGAAAUUCUCUGGAUUUAUAUUGA